AUGACAGAAUCACCGGUUAAUAUUCCUGUAUAUGAUGGAUCUCUGGCGUCAGUACGUAGUUCAUCUUCAUCAGUAGAUCGAUUACGUCAAAUCACAGGCUUAUCCAGACGAAAAGCUGAAUUACAACCAAAAUGGAAAAAUGGUGAACUUGAAUCAAAAUAUCGAUGUUCAUCAUGUAAUAAUUAUUUACGAUUUCCAAUUCAAUUUGAAGUUUGUGGACAUCAUGUUUGUUCAAGUUGUCUACCGGAUAUCAUGCGUAUUGCAUCACGUUGUCCAACUUGUCAACAACCAAUAGCAAAAGAUAAAAUAGUAAAUGAUAAAGAUUUAGAAAAAGAAAUUCAAAAUUUAGAAGUUUAUUGUACAAAUAAAGAAAAAGGUUGUGAUUGGUUUGGAAUAUUACGAAAUUUUCCAGUUCAUAUUGAAACAUGUGGAUUUAUAUUAAUUGAUUGUUUAAAUGAAUGUGGUGCAAAAUUUGAAAGACGUUUUUUAAAUAAACAUCAAAAUGAAGAUUGUACAAAACGAACAAUUACUUGUGAAUUUUGUAAAACAAGUAUUCUAUUCGAAAAUGAAAUUUCUCAUUUGAAUAUUUGUCCUGAAUUUAAAAUUCCUUGUCCAAAUCAAUGUUCAACACAAGAAUUUUCACGGCAACAAAUACAAAAUCAUUUAGAUAAUGAAUGUUCAAAACAAGAAAUAUCUUGUCCAUUUCAUGAUUGUGGAUGUGAAUAUCGUGCUAAUCGAACAAUUAUUACUCAACAUAUAAAAGAUUCAUCUGGUAUUCAUUUAAAUAUGGCUGGAAAAACAAUAUCAAUACAAAAACAAUUAUUAACAUUAUAUGAAGAACGUUCAAAUGAACAAAAAAAAUGGAUUGAAUUAUUAGCACGAAAAAUAAAUGCAUUAGAAAAAACUUAUGGAUCUCAAUUUAUUUGGAAAAUUGAUCAUUAUCAAGAAAGACUUCAAGAUGCUCGUACAAAUAUAAAAUCAACUUUAUUUAGUCCACAAUUUUUAACUAGUCGUUAUGGUUAUCGUUUAGCACUUUCAAUUUGUUUAUGGGGAGAUGGAAAAUUGAAAGGAAAAUAUGUUUCAUUAUUUAUUUGUAUUCAUCGUGGUGAAUAUGAUUCUUUAUUAGUUUGGCCAUUUUCACAUCGUGUAACAUUUACAUUACUUGAUCAAUGUGAAGAUGUGAAUAAUUGUCGUCAUAUAACAUGUACUAUUAAACCGAAUAUAUGUCAAGAAAAUAAACCAUUUUUAGGUCGACCAAUAACAGAACGAAAUGCAAGUUUUGGUUGUCCUAAAUUUAUCGAUAUGGAUACAAUGACAAAAUUUAAUUAUGUUAAAGAUGAUACAAUAUUUAUUAAAGUUGAAGUUGAUAAUGAAGAAAUGAUUUUUAUUUAA